AUGGCAAAGGGCCUACGCAGUAAGAUUAAGCGUCGCUUUCGUGCAAUUAAACGUAAAACAGUUUUUGCGCCUGUUGAAGAUGCACGUACGUUUCGGCUUUCUAGUAAGCCAUCCCAAGCAACAGGUGGUUCCAUACGGCCCAAACAGCAGCUUAAUGAAACUACUUCUAGUACUUCUUUCACGGUUGAAACUUCUCAGCAUGAUCCGCAGCUGCAAUUAACCUCAGAAAUCAAUUCUUCUGGGUGCAUAAUGCCAACCAACAUACUUGAAACGAUGCAAGAUGUCUCAGGUUCGUUAUGUUAUGAAAUACUGGGUUUUCUCAACCCUGAUUUUGUCGAUAUAACGAAUCUUGCAGGGCUUGUUCAUGUUUUUUCAGACUUAUUGGAAGAAUCAUUCUAA